CAGUGGACGGGGAAUCGGCACGUAUGGUGUGUACUAAGGGAUAAAUAUAACUCUCCAGCAUGCCACUGUAGCAUGUCAGUCUUGCACACUUGCUCAGGCCUCAGCUAAAAAUUCCAGCCUGACCUUCACUCUCGGGAAACAGCAGCCGAACUAAACAAGCACAUGUGGAUUUGUUAUCACCUGUUUUUUUCUGAAUUUCUGCACAACCGCUCUGGGACCACAAGCGUACGCGGCAGGUGGUGAACGGGAAGGGGGUUGGCCAUUGCUGGAGUGAUUGAUAAGGACGUGUGAGUUGAGCGUUUGCAAAUCUGGAUCCUUUAUACUGCUCACCCACUAUGGAUAGCACAGUCAUGUGCUGGAAUAAGACCAGCAUGGUCAACUUCAUCAAGGGUCUGGCUUCACCAGGCUACAGCAAGCCUCCCGUUCCCCCGGUGUGCUGCUCACAGGGUGAGAAAGGGCCGCCUGCCAUGAUGCCCAUCAGCGUGGACCCAGAGAGCCGGCCGGGCGAGUAUGUGCUCAAGAGCCUCUUCGCCAACUUCACCACCAUCUCUGAGCGCAAAAUCCGCAUUGUCAUGGCCGAGCCGCUGGAAAAACCUCUGAUAAAGUCCCUCCAGAGGAAUGAAGAUCCACAGUUUGACCAAUUAAUAAACACCAUGAGUUCUUUAGCUGAGUAUUGCCUGCCAUCUAUCUUACGCACCUUAUUUGACUGGUACAAAAGACAAAAUGGUGUUGAAGAUGAAUCCCAUGAGUACAGGCCACGCUCCGGUACAAAGUCCAAAAUUGAUGAACAACAGAAAGAUUAUCUACUGGAGAGGAGAGACCUGGCCAUAGAUUUCAUCUUCGCUCUUGUACUCAUAGAGGUUCUUAAACAGAUGCCGCUCCACCCAGUAAUGGAUGGUUUGGUCAAUGAGGUUAUACAUUUGGCUUUUAAGCACUUUAAAUACAAAGAAGGGUACCACGGUCCCAACACUGCCAACAUGCACAUUGUAGCUGAUCUCUAUGCUGAAGUCAUUGGAAUUUUAGCUCAAGCAAAAUUUCCUGCAGUGAAGAAGAGGUUUAUAAGCGAGCUGAAGGAACUGCGACAGAAGGAGCAGAGCCCGUAUGUGGUUCAGAGCACCAUCAGCCUCAUCAUGGGUGUGAAGUUCUUCAGAGUAAAGAUGUAUCCUGUCGAGGAGUUUGAAGCCUCAAUUCAGUUCAUGCAGGAAUGUGCACAGUAUUUCCUGGAAGUGAAGGACAAAGACAUCAAACAUGCUUUGGCUGGUCUCUUCGUGGAAAUCCUUGUUCCUGUUGCAGCGGCUGUCAAAAAUGAGGUGAAUGUUCCUUGUCUGAGGAACUUUGUGGAGAGCUUGUAUGAUACCACCUUGGACCUGUCAACAAGAAAAAAGCAUUCUCUGGCUCUCUACCCACUGGUGACAUGUUUGCUGUGUGUAAGUCAAAAGCAGUCGUUCCUCAACAAAUGGAAUGUCUUUCUUAACAACUGCCUCUCCAAUUUAAAGAGCAAGGACCCCAAAAUGGCACGGGUAGCACUGGAAUCCCUUUAUCGACUUUUGUGGGUCUACAUGAUUCGCAUUAAAUGUGAGAGCAACACUGCGACACAGGGACGCCUCAACUCUAUCAUCACGACUCUGUUCCCCAAAGGAUCUCGCAGUGUGGUUCCUAAAGACAUGCCUCUUAAUAUAUUUGUUAAGAUUAUUCAGUUUAUUGCACAGGAAAGACUUGACUUUGCAAUGAAAGAAGUCAUUUUUGAUCUGUUAUGUGUUGGGAAACCUACAAAAGCCUUUAGUCUUAAUCCAGAGAGAAUGAAUAUAGGUCUCAGAGCAUUCCUGGUCAUUGCUGAUAAGCUACAGCAGAAGGACGGCGAGCCUCCCAUGCCCAACACGGGAGCCACGCUGCCAUCUGGAAGCACGCUACGUAUUAAAAAGACGUACUUAAACAAGCCUCUUACUGAGGAAGAGGCAAAAAUCAUAGGAAUGUCUCUGUAUUAUCCUCAAGUGAGGAAAGCUUUAGACAACAUCCUCAGACAUCUGGAUAAAGAGGUCGGCCGCUGUAUGAUGCUAAGUAACGCACAGAUGAUGAACAAGGAACCUGAGGAUAUGAUCACAGGCGAGAGAAAGCCCAAGAUCGACCUCCUCAGAACAUGCAUUGCUGCUAUUCCACGCAUCCUUCCUGACAGUAUGCCCAAGUCGGAGCUCAUAGAGCUUUUGGCUCGGUUAACCAUCCACAUGGAUGAUGAACUGCGUCUGAUAGCCCAGAAUUCUUUGCAGAGUCUACUGGUGGACUUUAAAGACUGGAGAGAAGAAGUUCUUAUGGGUUACUGUAGUUUUUUACUCCGAGAGGUUCAGGACACACACCAGACCCUGCUGGACUCCUCACUUAAACUGCUGCUUCAGUUACUUACCCAGUGGAAACUGGCCCUUCAUACUCCCUCCAAGAGUUUGGAAACAUCUAACAUCUGCUCUGCUGAAUUGUUGCAGAAUAGCUCAGGCUCCAGGCUGCCAGCAGAACGGACCUCACAUUCAGCAGUGUUGCACGCUGUUGAGGGUCUGGCCGUAGUGCUGCUGUGCUCCUGCCAGCUCGCCACACGCAAACUAGCCGUGUCUGUUCUUCGUGAGGUCCGCCAAAUCUUCCUCACUCUUGGACAGGCUGAGGACGAUGAGAGGCCCAUGAUAGAUGUAUUGGACCAGUUGAGUCCAGUUGUGCUGGAGAGCUUUGCCCACGUGGCAGUGGCCGAAUCAGCGUCUCUUCCCAUCGGGCAGCAUGCAGACCUGCAGUGGCUGGUGGAGUGGAACGGAUCUCUGGUCGGCAGCCACUAUGACGUGCGUAGCCCGUCCCGCGUGUGGAUCUUGGCUCAGUCUUUGAAGGAGCCCUGGCCUCUGUGUCUCUUCAGCUUUCUAAGACAGGAGUACCUGCCCAAGCAUUGCCCCACAGCUCUCAGCUACGCCUGGCCUUACGCCUUUACACGCCUCCAGCUCCUCAUGCCCCUGCUGGAGCCCAGUAACCCAGCAAACGCCAAGAAGACAAGCUCGGCCGGAUUAGCGGACAGCUAUGUGUCUCUUUGGAGAAACUACUUGAUUCUUUGUUUCGGGGUGGCCAAGCCCAGCAUCAUGAGCCCGGGUCACCUGCGGACAUCCACACCCGAGAUCGUCACACCCAGCGCUGACAGCAACAGUGGCUAUGACAACAAGAUUCUGGGGAGCCCAUCUGUUGCUUGGCUUCUGAAGCAGCUGGUUCCUUUGAUGCGAUCCGAGAGCAUUGAGAUCACAGAGGCAUUGGUUCUCGGGUUCGGACGCACAAAUUCACUCAUUUUUAGAGAGCUUAUUGAGGAACUGCAUCCGUUGAUGAAAGAAGCUUUAGAAAGGAGACCAGAGAAUAAAAAGCGUAGAGAAAGGCGAGAUCUACUGAGGCUUCAGCUCCUCAGGAUCUUUGAGCUGCUGGCGGACGCUGGUGUUAUUAGUGAUAGCACUAAUGGGGCACUGGAACGUGAUACCCUGGCCCUGGGCGCUCUCUUCCUUGAGUAUGUAGACCUGACCCGGAUGCUUCUGGAAGCUGAGAAUGACAAAGACAUGGAGAUCCUCAAAGACAUCCGAGCUCACUUCAGCGCUAUGACGGCUAACCUUAUACAGUGUGUACCAGUGCAUCAUCGGCGUUUCCUCUUUCCUCAACAAAGUCUCCGACACCACCUCUUCAUCCUCUUCAGCCAAUGGGCCGGCCCCUUCAGUAUUAUGUUCACGCCCCUGGAUCGCUAUAGUGACCGGAACCAUCAGAUUACUCGAUACCAGUACUGCGCCCUAAAGGCCAUGUCGACUGUCCUUUGUUGUGGCCCCGUGUUCGACAACGUGGGUCUGUCUCCUGAUGGUUACCUCUAUAAGUGGUUGGAUAACAUCCUCGCCUGCAAAGAUCUGCGGGUGCAUCAGCUGGGCUGUGAAGUGGUGGUUUUGUUGCUGGAACUGAACCCAGAUCAGUUGAAUCUCUUUAACUGGGCUGUGGACCGAUGCUAUACGGGAACCUGCCAGCUGGCUUCUGGUUGCUUCAAAGCCAUUGCCAGUGUCUGUGGAAACAGAAACUAUUCUAGUGAUGUUGUGACCUUGCUGAACCUCGUUCUCUUCAAAGCAUCCGACACCAACAGGGAGAUCUAUGAGAUCGCAAUGCAGUUAAUGCAGAUCCUGGGAGCCAAGCUGUCUGUUUAUUCUAAGAAGAUUGCGGAGCAGAAAAGUGGCUGUAUCUUGUAUGGUACACACGGACCUCUACCUGCGCUCUACAGUCUUUCUGUAACCCAGCUUUCCAAGCACCUUGCCAGGAUGUAUCCUGAACUCACCCUGCCCCUCUUUUCAGAGGUCAGUCAGAGGUUCCCCACCACUCACCCGAACGGACGUCAGGUCAUGUUAACAUACCUGCUCCCGUGGCUCAGUAAUAUCGAGCUGGUGGAUGGCGGCCUGCUGCCCUACAUCUCAUCUCCUAACAGCUCUGUGGACAACAGAAAGAGCUACACGUCCAACACAUCAACACCUUACCUGCUCAGAGGCAUGGGCUGGGGGUCACUGCAGGCUUCCUCGCUGGUCCUAAACAACCUCAUGUUCAUGACAGCAAAGUAUGGAGAUGAUGUCCCGGGUGCCGAAAUGGAGAAUGCAUGGAACGCUUUGGUCAGCAAUGAUCGGUGGAGUAAUAACCUGAGGACUGUCCUGCAGUUCCUCAUCAGCUUAUGUGGGGUCAGCAGCGACACCCCACUCUUGCCCCACGUUAAGAAGGUGGUGAUCUACCUGUCUCGAAACAACACCAUUCAAACCAUGGAGGAGCUUCUUUAUGAACUCCAGCAGACAGACGCAGUCAACCCUGUGGUGGUGCAUUGUGACAAUCCCCCUUUUUAUCGCUUCUCAGCCACGAGCAAGAUAAACGUCACAAGCUCCGGUCCAACUUCCAUUAGCAAAGUACUGGUACCUGGCCAGGAAAACAUUCCCGACACAGACGAUUCUACCGUCACAAAGGAUUGUGAUGACAGGUUGAACAAUGCUCUACGAGCUCACAACCGGCUGGAGUCACGGUACAGCAGCAGUUCAGGAGGUUCCUACGAUGAGGAAAAGAAUGAGCCCAUCCCUCCGUAUGCCAUGUGGCUCAUGAGCGUUCUGGAAACCAAUCAGCCGCUUCCUCUUCCCAUGCCGGUCAGUGGAGGCUGCUGGGCUCCGCUGGUCGACUAUCUACCCGAAACAGUCACCCCGCGAGGACCCCUGCACAGGUGUAAUAUAGCGGUGAUCUUCAUGACAGAGUUAAUGGUGGAUCAUAGCGUAAAGGAGGACUGGGUUCUUCACCUCCCUUUGCUCCUCCACGCCUGUUUUCUGGGUAUGGACCACUGCCGUCCGGAGGUGUUUGAACACUGUAAGAGACUUCUCUUGCACCUUCUCAUCACGCUGUCCUGCAACAACAACUUCAGCAUCAUAGCCUCCGUUCUGUUGAACACCAGAGAUGCCAACAGCAACAAGAGCCUGACCUUUAAACCCUGCUACCAGCCUGAGUUCCUCUACACGGGUGGUGUGGACUUCCUGCGGAACGGCCAGGCAUCUCCGGUUCCAGAUUCCGGCCUCAGCUCGUCCUCCACCUCCUCUAGCUUGAGUCUGGGAGGCAGCAGCUCCAACCUGCCUCAUUUGGCCCAGGAGGAGGUGGAUAAUCUGGAGAGCAGUACCGAAGAUGAUGAUAAGAGCAGUAAACUCAUCGAGUUCCUCACUACCAGGCCUUUUGGUCCGUUGUGGAACCAUGAAGACAUCACACCUAAGAAUCCACACUCGAAGAGCACUGAGCAGCUUACUAACUUCCUGAGACACGUGCUGUCUGUGUUCAAAGAGGCCAAAUCAGAUGUUCACCUCGAGCAGCAGUUAAGUGAAGUGGCAUUACAGCUGGCUCUCUGCAGCUCCUCCAGACACUACGCUGGACGUUCCUUACAAGUGUUCAGAGCUCUGCGACAGCCCCUUUCGGCACUGGCUGUGUCCGACCUCCUUUCACGUCUGGUGGAAGUGGUUGGGGAGCACGGAGAGGAAGUGCAGGGUUACGUGAUGGAGCUUCUUCUCACUCUUGAGUCCGUGGUUGAUAACCUGGCUGAGUGCCUCAAGAACAACGACUUCUUUCUUAUACUAAGGGCUACUUCUCCAGACCUUCCGUCCAAUGGCAAGCUAACGCUAAACCGUAAGAGUACUAGUCAGCUGGACCUAAUCCCAGGAUCAGGCACAGCCUCUGAGCGAAUCCGUCACCAACGAAGCUACUCCGUCCCCAAGCGCUUUGGUGAAGCCGAGCGCUCCUCUGAGGUUCCUCGGAGUGCCACCCUGGAUCGAAUCCAUGCUUGCACUCACAAUCCCUCCAGGCUCCGGUCUCAAUCUUCCACCUCCUCCAGGGACAACGUGGUCUCCACCGAUCCAGCCAAUGCUAACCACCCACGCAACCUUCUGGCCACAAUCUUUUGGGCAACGGUGUCACUUAUGGAGUCAGACUUUGAGUUUGAGUAUCAAAUGUCCCUUAGGUUGUUAGGGAAGCUGCUAAGCCACAUUUCUUUGGAGAAGCAAGAAUACAAAGAAAAGCUGGAGAAGAUCCAGGUCCAGCUUAAAUGGAAGGAGUUCUCAGGGAUACAACAGCUGCUCCUGAAGGGCUUUACUUCUGCUAACACGACAGAACUGACUUUGGAGCUUUUCAGCCAGCUUACACCUGUAUCACGCUUGCCGGUUGUUGAUACCUCACAAGUUGUAGGUUUCCCGCUGAAUGUGCUCUGUCUCAUCCCUCACCUAGUUCUCCACUUUGACUCGCCCACCCAAUUCUGUAAAGACGUCGCUGAGAGAAUUUCUCAGGUUUGUCUUGAUGAAAAGAACUCCAAGCUGUCCAACCUUGCCCAUGUGAUGACACUAUACAAAACACACUCCUAUACCCGAGACUGCUUUUCCUGGGUCAAUGUGGUUUGCAGAUAUCUUCACGAGGCUUUUAGUGACAGCACACUAAACAUGGUUACCUGCAUGACAGAGCUGCUGGAGAAAGGAUUACCCAGCAUGCAGCAGACUCUUCUGCAGAUCAUCUAUAGUCUUUUGAGUCAUAUGGACUUGAGUGCUAUCCAGGCAAAACCCUUCAACGCGGAGGUUCUGACAACCAUAGAGAAAUUUGUUCAGACUGCACAUUGGAAAGAAGCCUUGAACAUAUUAAAGCUGGUGGUUUCCCGGUCGGCAAGUUUGGUUUCGCCCUCGUCACCGCAGAGUAACGUGUCUAACGUGGAUGUCAGGCGUGUGUGGGACACGCCCUCCAAAGCCCUGCCCGGGAAGACCCUUGAUUUUCACUUUGACAUUUCAGAGACUCCAGUGAUUGGCCGGCGGUGCGACGACCUCCAUGGUUCCCCGAGGCAAGAUGGAAAGAAUGGCGGAGGGGUCGCCGUGACGCGGAGUGUCUCCUCCACAUCCUCGGGUUCAUACCACAGCAACCACGUUCUGGUACCUGUCAGCUGGAAGCGGCCACAGUCCUCACAGAAAAGGACACGUGAGAAGCUGGUGAAUGUAUUGACUUUGUGUGGGCAAGAAGUUGGACUUACCAAAAACCCAUCUGUGAUUUUCUCAUCUUGUGGGGAACUGGACCUGAUUGAGCACCAGCCCAGUCUGGUGUCCUCGGAGGACGACACACGAGACACAGAAAACAUGGAUGACACUACAUCUGAGCAGCAGUUCAGAGUGUUCAGAGACUUUGACUUCCUGGAUGUAGAACUGGAAGAUGGAGAGGGUGAAACAAUUGACAGCUUUAACUGGGGUGCACGGAGGCGAUCCAUUGACAGUCUGGACCAGGCUGAGCCUCAGCCUAUGGAGGAAGACAGUCAGCUGUCAGGAAGUUCACCCAGCCUGUGUCCGAUCAUUAAUGACGAUUCUGAUGAGUCUUCUGAGGAGGACCCACUCACGGCCAGCCAGAUCCUCUCUGCCUCACAGCUAAAUGUCAGCCUGUCUCCCACUGAAGAAUUAAACCCCAUGGACUAUCCACCCGUCUUCUUUGACAACAGUCAAGCAGACCCAGUCCCUCCUUCCACCCCAACACCCAUCUUUGAGAUCUCACAACCCGAGGGCUCGAACCAUCGGCCUGAGGAUUCAGCUACAGAAGAUGAAGCAAGCAUCAAUGAGAAUGACAUCUCGCUCUGCAUUUACGAGCUGCCGUCUGACUUCACUUCCUCUGACGAUAUAACAGUAGACACACCCCAAAGGGAUGAAAACAGCCUGGUGGACAUUGAGAUAAACUGUGUACCCAGUGGGUUUGGAGAGCAGCACGGCCCUGUGGCACAGCCAGACGAGGAGAAGGAGGAGCUGUCGCUGGAGUCUCGUUCAUCACCUCCGCCAUCUCCAUUCUUCUCUGCCAUCCUGGCCGCUUUCCAGCCAACGGCAUGUGACGAUGCUGAGGAGGCCUGGCGUAGUCACCUCAACCAACUGGUGGCUGACACGGAUGGCUCCUGUGCUGUCUACACUUUUCAAGUCUUUUCCUCGCUAUUUCAGAGUAUACAGACUAAAUUCUGCACCUUAACCUGUGAUUCUGCUGGUUUCCUUGGCGAUGGCCUUCAAGGAAUCGGUGCAAAGUUUCUGAGGUCUUCCCAGAUGCUGACAUCGUGCUCUGAAUGUCCCACGUUGUUUGUCGAUGCAGACACCAUUGUGUCCUAUGGGCUCUUGGAGAAGAUGAAGUUUAGUGUACUAGAGCUGCAGGAAUAUCUGGAGACCUACAAUAACAGAAAGGAGACUGUCAUAUCAUGGCUACGCAACUGCAAGGCAAACUUUCCCAAAUGUGCUGGGGAUGGAGUGAUCACAUACCAGCCUGCUGAAACAGAGGAGAAGCAAAUGGAAUCUCUUGCACGACUGGAGCUCUGUCAAAGACUCUACAAACUCCACUUUCAACUGCUGCUACUUUUUCAGUCAUACUGUAAGCUGAUUGGUCAGGUUCACACCAUAAGUUGUAUCCCAGAGCUGCAGAACAUGUCCAGAGAGUUAAAUGAUCUGAGGAGUAACCUGCAUGCAGCAUCAGUGGCCAGUCAGGAGCCGCCAGCCGAGUGUAGAGACUCCACUGCUGACAGCUCCACCUACAGCUCAUCUGAAGCUGCUGUACAGGCCAUUCUAGAGAGCCUGAAGAACAACGAAUUCUCCAGAGCCAUCCAUCACAUACAGGAAUGCAGGAAAAUGUGGCCGAGGGACAUCUUCGGCAGCAGCUCAGAAAAUGAGAUCCAGACUCUACUCAACAUCUAUUUCCGGCACCAGACUCUGGGUCAGACAGGCACAUUCGCCCUGGUUGGUUCCACGCAAGACAUGUCAGAGAUAUGCGGUCGACUCACCGAGCUCAACUGCGAGAUCCGAGAGAUGAUCAGACGAGCGCGUGGCUACCGGGCCAUCGCCGCCUUGCUUCCGGACUCCAGCGUGACUGGCAUCAGCCUUUAAGGAUCAUCCAUUCUCAUCAUCUCCUCCUGUCUAAAGAUGCAGCUGUCUUUAUUGUUCUCCCUUCGUGCACACAUUACUUCCCUGUCUACGCUCUCUAUAAGAGGUUGCAGGAUGUGACUUAUAUCGCUUAAAGAAUUGCAAUAGAGGAUGGAUGAUAGAAACAUUGGAUUUUUUGCACUACUGUGUAGCUGUAGGGCCCUUUCCAGAAUCGAGCCUCCUACAGCUGCAGGCAUCAAAAGAAACCAAAGCUCUAUGAACGACUCCUCCGGCUCACGUCUACCAUUAUCAAUGUCACGGGAAAAUGUGCAAUGCCUCACACAAAGUGAAACAGGUUAUCUUAAAAAGAUUGUUUAAAAAAAUGUUGUGCUCUCAGCUACUUGAAUAGAGCAACAAAUUAUACUGUUUUUGUUUUUUAUUUGUUAUGAUUCAGAUAAAGCUGAAAGCUUUUGCUUAUGUGGAUUUUUCUAAUUGUUAUAAAAGACAUAUCUUUCAUAUCUUUGCCUCAGCUUUCAUCCGUACAUACACAAUGUCUCCAAUAUGAUGAUGCAAUGCUACUGUCACAGACCUGGAUGCGUUAAAGGGCACUCCAGCACUUAUUUAUGGAGGUGUUUAAUUUUACUAAUGUCUUUCUACUGUUUAGUUGCUCCAUAGAAGAUUUAUUUAUAUCACAUCAUGCGGUAUACAAGAGGUAUAGUUUUGUAGGAUGUAAUAUUUUCCUGUCUUUUGAAAUGGCCAAGCACGCAACGCUAUGUACCAUAAGAGAAAACUGAAUUAUUUAUGGAAUAAGAAGAUAUUUUACCUGAAAGUUACAUUUGUACAUAGUAGUGGGAUAGCCAAUGCUUGUAAGAUUUUAUAUUUAUGGUUUUAUUUUGCCGUCUGCUGUAUGAAAGUGUGCAUGUAUUAAAUGGAUUAAUAAAUGCUAUUAAAUAGAA